AAAAACGAGGUGGCCUUCUGCCUUUAUUGGCACCAACAAUCCCCUGGGGGAGAAGACAUCUUUUACAGUAAUGCUGCUCUGCAGUGCUGCAUGGACCUUCACACUGCUGGGAUAAUGGAGUAGCAGGAUAAGAAAAAAAAUAAAAAAAAAAAAUGGCCUGUCAGAGACAUGAUAAAGCACACAGACUGAGAGAAGAAGUGAGCUGCAUGCUGGUUGGGGAUGGAGCAGUGGGAAAAACCAGCAUGAUUAUCAGCUACAUCUUCAAUGGAUACAACACAGAGUACGUCCAAACAGCGUUUGAUGUUUUCACUGGUUUGGUUCAUGUGAAUGGAAUGCCAACCCGUGUCAAGCUCAUAGACACUGCCGGGCAGGACGAAUGUGGUCAUCUUCGCUCUCUGUGCUACGCCCAUGUGGACGUGUUCAUCCUCUGCUUCAGCCUCGUCAACCCUGUCUCCUUCCACAACAUCACCUCUAAAUGGAUCCCACAGAUCCGUGCCAGCAACCCGACCUCUCCCAUCGUUCUGGUCGGUACUCAGUCAGACCUUCGCCACAGUGUGGACGUCCUUAUCCGUCUGGACCAGCGGAGCACCAAACCAGUGCGCUUCGUCCAGGCCAGGAGGCUGGCGCGCCGGAUCAGAGCUCAAGACUAUGUGGAGUGUUCGGCUCUGACACAGCACAACCUCAAAUACGUGUUUGACUGCGCUGUGUUUGCUGCCAUUAAGCACAGGCACGGUGGCAGUGAAUCCAAGAAGCUCAGUCUGCUCAAACGGCUGAAGUCUUUUUGUGAAUGUGAGUGGAGAAAAAUCUUCAGAUUCAUCUGAUCUGAAAUCCAAAGAGUGGUGUAAGUAUUAUCAGCGUGGUCGAGUCUGUUUGGACUAUAUACUGUGUAUCAGAACAUAUUGAUUUUUACCAAAGAAUUUUACCAAAGAACUGGACUCAAUCCCUGGAUUGACACCAACUUUAAGGUUUCGAGGUCAGAAUUCAUGCUCUGCUCUUACCUUUACUGUACUUUAUUCUACAUUUUGUU